GAAGGCUCGGCGACGCUGAGGAGGGAGAAAGGGAAGGGUCCAGCAGCUCCUUGGCAGUGGCCGCGGUGGCACUGGGGCUGCAUUGAGCGGACGGCGCCGCGGAGGGAAGGACAGCAUCGCGGCCGCAGCCCGCCAGUCGGGUCCUCUCCGACUUCAACGAGUAUUACCGCCUGCUCCUUUCGUCUUUCAGGAACGAAAUCACCAUGGCUUCCAUCAUCAACGCGACAACCAGCAUGCUGUCUGACGGCUACAACUUUUACCUCUGGACCCUGUCGAUAGCUGACAAACGCACCCGCGGCUGGCUCAUGGUGGACUCCCCCGUGCCGACGCUCGGCUACACCGUGCUGUACCUCGUCAUGGUGCUUGUGGGGCCGCGGCUCAUGAGGGACCGUCAGCCGUUCAACCUCAAGAAGUGUAUGAUCGCCCACAACCUCAUGAUGACGGCGCUAAACGGUUACAUCGCCGUAGAGUUACUCGUAGCAUCGACACGGAUGAAAUACAGCUACAUUUGCCAACCUGUCACCUUCAUUAACCACAAAGAGGAGCUGAGGAUAGCGAAUGCCGUGUGGUGGUACUACUUCUCCAAACUCCUUGAAUUCGGCGACACACUGUUUUUUAUUCUAAGGAAAAAGGACAAACAGCUCACUUUCCUCCAUGUUUAUCACCAUUCAACCAUGUUCUCGUUUUGGUGGAUUGGUAUCAAAUGGGUACCAAGUGGCUCAACUUUCCUCCCAGCAAUGGUUAACAGCUUCAUCCACGUGUUACUCUAUUCCUACUAUGGCUUGGCUGCCAUGGGGCCGAGAGUAGCCCAGUACCUGUGGUGGAAAAAAUAUCUUACAAUUUUACAAUUGAUCCAGUUUACGGGCGCGCUUAUUUUAGGUGUCAAUGCAAUCCGCUCUGAGUGCGAUUUUCCUAUGUGGAUGAAGUACACUCUUGUUGUGUACAUGGUGUCUUUCAUUGUGCUCUUUGGCAAUUUCUAUGCAAAGGCAUACAUCAGAAAGGGAAAACGGACAUUUUAUGGAGAGCCCAACAUGGCUUUGUGCCGGCCAUCAUAUGACCUGGACCAAACAGAUAAAAAAGAUGAAAAUGGUUAUCACAUGAAAGAACAGUGAGGAUGAAAUGUCCCAUAUGAGCCUCAAUCAAUCAUAAGAGAAGUUUGCAGCCAUUUCAAUUCUGCCUACCACCCAAAUGUCUCAAUAAUACAGGAAGUUAUGACACUACUGUGUUAAAUGAACUGCACCAUUAAGAACUAUUACAAAUUUUAUCAGUUCACUUCUCUCUUCAGACAUACAUAAUUAACUUCUACUCAGCACUUUAAAACAGACUGCCAGUUAUAAAUACGUAUAGGCCACAGGAUUACAAUGUAUGUCUACUCUCAAUCAAUAUUGUUUUUCAUUUAGAGAAUAGAAAUGAUUCAUGAUUCACAUAUGAUAGUGAUAGGGCCUGUAAUAUAGGUCCUACAGAAAAUCUGUGAUUUCUAAUAGGGAAAAUUUGAUUUUUUUAAAAUACUCUGCUCAAUGACGUAAAUAACUAUGCAAUUCAGCAAAUUAAAACCAACAUUGAACAUGCCAUUUAACCAACAAAACUUCAAAAACUCACAGCCCUUCUCUUUGGAAUUCUGUACCCUCCCAUUACAUGAGUACAAUUGCUUAAGGAAAAGGACAGUACAAAUCACAGAUAAAAUUAUCAAAUUGAUUAAGCUGAGUGUAUACUUGAAUGAUCGUGUAUACAACACCUCAUUUGAUUCUUUUGUGCACAAAGAAAUUAGAGGCCUAAAAUACUGUAGCAGUAUCUUAUACGACUACUACAACAACUGUUAAACUCGGCAGAGACACUGAAAUGAUUGUUUGAGACAAUAAUUUGCCCAAAUUGGGCUAAUAGAACUAUUCUUAAUUAAAAACCAAGGCAUGAGUCAGAAUACUUGUAGAUAAGGGAGAAAUAUUUCUCAAAUAUAGCUUCCAUGAGAGAAAAACAAAUAAGAUAAGAAAAUAAGAGGAAGUAUGUUCAAUACUUUACAUAUAUCGAAAAAGUAAAUGUAAGGCACACGAGCAAUAAUUACAAAAUACUAUGUAUGUAUUUAUACCAUAUACAUAAGUGAUUAAGUCAAAUGGAUCAAUAAAAAAUAUUUAUACUUAAAA